UCUUGGAUUUCUCUCAUGGACGGAGGCCGGUACCCAGCAUGCGUCGCGGCCGUAUACGCAUGCGCAUAUCAUUGUUUUGAAGCACGUGCAGAAAAAGAAGCAGCCUACAUGGGUAGACCAGGUUUUUCACCAAGAGGUGCAGGACGAGGUGGAGGCCGUGGAGGCCCAAGAGGUGGUGGCCGAGGAGGAGGUAGAGGUGGCGGCGGGGGAUUCAAGAGCCCUAGAGGCGGUGGAAGGGGUGGCGGCAGAGGAGGUGGACGUGGAAGAGGUGGUUUCAGAGGAGGGGCUCGCGUUUCCAUUGAGCCACACAGACAUGAAGGAGUUUUCAUUGCAAGAGGAAAAGAGGAUGCACUGGUCACAAAAAAUCUUGUCCCAGGGGAAACAGUUUAUGGAGAGAAGAAAAUCAGUGUUGAUGGUGUUGCUGAAGGGGAAAAGAUAGAAUACAGAGUGUGGAAUCCCUUUAGGUCAAAGCUGGCUGCUGCUAUUCUUGGUGGGGUGGAUAAAAUACACAUGCCUCCAGGCAGCAAGGUGCUAUAUCUUGGAGCUGCAUCGGGAACAACUGUAUCACAUGUCUCUGACAUUGUUGGCCCAGAGGGUCUUGUAUAUGCUGUAGAAUUCUCUCACAGAUCUGGCAGAGAUCUUAUAAAUGUUGCCAAAAAAAGAACAAAUAUUGUACCUAUCAUCGAAGACGCCAGGCACCCUCACAAAUACAGAAUGCUCGUUGGAAUGGUUGACUGUAUAUUCGCUGAUGUGGCUCAACCUGACCAGACAAGAAUAGUCGCCAUCAACGCACACAAUUUCCUGAAAAAUGGAGGACAUUUUGUUAUUUCUAUCAAGGCCAAUUGCAUUGAUUCGACGGCUCAACCAGCUGCAGUAUUUGCUGGUGAAGUCAAGAAAAUGGUUGGAGAAAAGAUGAAGCCUCAGGAACAGUUAACACUUGAACCAUAUGAGCGAGACCAUGCUGUAGUUGUGGGCACCUACAGGGCUCCCCCAAAGAAGACGUAGUACAAGCAAUCUUUCUCUCAUCAUUUUAUCAUUGUAUUUUAUUAUCAUCUCUCCUAGAAUAAACUUGCCAUGUUUUACAUAA